AUGAAGCUCCCUAUUUUCACAGUAGAUGCAUUUACAGCAAAAGCAUUUCACGGGAAUCCUGCUGCUGUUUGUCUUCUGGAAAAUAAAUUGGAUGAAGACAUGCAUCAAAAAAUUGCAAGAGAAAUGAAUCUCUCUGAAACUGCUUUUAUCCGAAAACUGCACCCAACUGACAACUUUACACAAAGUUCCUGCUUUGGAUUAAGGUGGUUUACGCCGGCAACUGAGGUUCCUCUCUGUGGCCAUGCUACCCUGGCUUCCGCAGCUGUGCUGUUUUACAAAAUAAAAAAUGUGAAUAGCACUCUAACCUUUGUCACUCUGAGUGGGGAACUAACGGCCAGAAGAGCACAGGAUGGUAUCAUCCUGGAUCUGCCUCUUUAUCCAACUCACCCCCAGGACUUCCAUGAAGUGGACGACUUGAUAAAGACUGCCAUAGGUGAUACACUGGUCCAGGACAUCCACUAUUCUCCCGAUACCCGAAAGCUCCUUGUCCGGCUCAGUGAUACUUACAAGAGGUCAUUUUUGGAGAACCUGAAGGUGAACACACAGAAUCUUCUGCAAGUGGAAAACACAGGAAAGGUGAAAGGACUCAUUCUCACCCUUAAAGGAGAGCCUGGAGGGCAGAGCCAAGCAUUUGACUUUUACUCCAGAUAUUUUGCACCGUGGGUUGGUGUGGCUGAAGACCCUGUAACAGGGUCUGCCCAUGCCGUUCUCAGCAGCUACUGGUCUCAGCAACUGGGGAAGAAAGACAUGCAUGCCUUUCAGUGUUCCUGCCGAGGAGGAGAACUGGAGAUUUCACUGCGUCCUGAUGGACGAGUUGACAUUAGAGGUGGCACUGCUAUUGUUUUAGAGGGCACUCUGACAGCCUAG